AUGUUCAAGCCAUCGCAACCCAUGUUGGCGCGCCUGCGUCUGACCACUAAGCAGGUCAAUGGUGGUUACUACAAGGGUAACCGCACAGGGUCGAUGGGUCACUUCGACUCCAAGGGCAAUUAUGUGAUCGACUGGAAGAAAGUCCGCACCUACGUUGUCCCUGAAGGCUUGGACACAUUCAAGCUCACUCCAUUUGUCACUAAACGCAUGGACCCGACGCCGUCUGCGUACAAGAAGCAAAUUGAACGCAAUGGAAGGACUUAUUCAGUCAUUGACGGAAUGAAAGGCACGGAUUUCCUUGAGCAAUGGUACUCCAGUAAUCCUGACGAGGUCCUUGCACGUGAAACCGCUGAGCAAGAGGCUAUGGAAGAGUCGAGGAAUCAGAAACCAUGA